AUGCUGCGACCUCUUUUGGUCGCCCAUCAACCACUGAUGGAAGAUAGGAAGGAAGUUCUAUACGGGUCAAAGGACAAAUGCGACAAAAGAAACAGGCGAAUCUUCGCAAGACGGACCACGGGGAGAAGCAACACGGGAGCUGUGGAUGAUAUGCGUCACUCUCUUCUAGCGAGAUGGCGAGAGCACGAAUUUACUGACAGAAAGGUCCGUGGUUCGAACCCGGCCUCUGCCUCUCGACUUCGCCUGUCUAAGCUUGAACAACCUGACAGUAUCCCAGCCCUCGUGCAACCUUUGGGUGGCAUGGCAGUUAGACACCGAAAGGGUGCUACAGCUGAACGAUUUUUACUCCCUUCUAAACACCAUCGCACUUUUCCGAAACGGACAAUAAGAAACACCUCUUUCGAAACGAAGUUGAUUACUCUGUAUAUAUUAGGAUUCAUCCAAUCGGACGAAGCAAUGAUGAAGUACUAA